AUGGUGGGAACAAACUUGAAGGCAGAAACCUCCUCUUUAAUGGACAAACGGAGUUUGUUAGAGUCUGAAAUGAACUCCAUCAUCGCCCGUCUUUCUCAACCCGGCGCCCCCGGCCUCUCCGGCAACCUCCUUGAUUCCGAGGGUUUUCCUCGUUCCGAUAUCGAUGUUCCAGUUGUUAGAGCCGAACGACGUCGCCUUGCAGAGCUGCGUAAUGAUUACAUGGAGAUAACUAAAAAGAUUGAUCAAAAUGUACAAAUUUUGCUUUCACCAAGACCAGGAAAGAAUAUAUCAGGCAUGCAGACCUCAUCAACUGUAGAAGCUGUUCCAUCAACACCAUCACAGAAUGUCCCUUUGAGUCCUUCCCCCAACUCGAUGGAUGUGGAUGUCUUGGUUAGUCGACCCUUUGCAGUGGUUGACGAGAUAUCAGAUGCAUCACCCGCAGUAGAGGAUGGUUUACAACUUGGAGAUCAAAUUUUGAAAUUUGGCAAUGUUGAAGUGGGUGAAAAUUUGCUCCCAAGGUUGGCUUCUGAGUCCCAGUCAAACAUGGGUCAAGCAGUACCUGUUGUCAUCAUGAGGCAAGGCACAGUGAUCAACUUAACUAUCACACCUAGAACUUGGCCAGGCAGAGGUUUACUGGGAUGUCAUUUUCGGAUCUUGUAG